AUUUCACUCGACCUUCUCUCAGUCUUUUGCCUCACAUUCGUUACUCGUUGCGUCCGACAUGCUACACUCAUGCUCACAGAUCAUAUCGCGGUGAUUUGCAUCGCUUGGUACAUCUUCAUCGCCUGCGUCUGCGCCAUUGGCUACGUGUGUCUGUUUCUGUAUUAUCGUCAGAUCCCUUCCCAAGGUGCCAUCCUCUCCGGGUCGGCCAAGCACGACAUCCCCAAUGUCACGGUCAUUCGCCCCUGCAAGGGACUCGAACCCUACCUGUACGAAUGUCUCGCGUCGACGUUCCACCAAGAUUACCCGCGGGAUCAGAUAGCAGUGCACUUCUGUAUCUCGUCCCGAUCCGAUCCAGCCUACGAAAUCAUCGAGAGAGUCGUUAAUGACCACCGAGGCCACAAUGCGCGGAUAUUCGUCGAGGAGGAAGACGACGGGGUUGCCAACGGGGACGAAGAGGAGAGCAACUAUCGCAGAUGUCUCGGGCCCAAUCCCAAGAUUCGGAACAUGAGCAAGGCAUACCGCGAGGCAGGGGCGCGCGAUCUCAUAUGGAUCCUGGACUGUAAUGUCUGGGUGGGCCGGGGUGUUUGCGCGCGCAUGGUUGACAGGUUAUGCGGUUUCACGAGGCAAGGACACGCACCAACGACGCCGUAUAAGCUGGUCCAUCAUCUGCCCAUAUCAGUCGAUGUAGACCUACACGCCGACCAGGGCGACCUACGAGUGGCAGACUCUCUGAGCCUCGGCGACGGUCCUACCACUCCCCAAACGGCCAGGAAGCUUUCCCUUGGUAACCUUUCGAGAAGUGAGCGGCUCAAGCGGAGUGCCGGUGGCCGCGUCGAAGAACUCUUCCUCUCUUCCUCUCACGCAAAGAUGUAUGUCGCCAUCAACACCGUGGCCGUCGCUCCCUGCAUCCUGGGGAAGUCCACCAUGUUCCGGCGGGUGCACCUGGACCAGCUGACGGCCCAAAAGGCCCUCGAGGAAGACAGGAGCCGAAGGAGCGGAGCCCUCCAGGGCCAUCAUGCAGAGAACACGGGGUUCCAGAGUACUCGGGUCGGCAUUGACUAUUUCUCCCACAACAUCUGCGAAGACCAUCUCAUCGGCGACCUGCUCUGGAAAUCGCCCGUGCCGGCCGCCCCUGACGUUCCAAGGAAAAUGCGAAACCACGGGCUGGUGUACGGCGACCUCGCAAUCCAGCCGAUCAGCUCCAUGUCGCUGCAGUCGUACAUGUCCCGACGCGUUCGGUGGUUGAGGGUGCGAAAAUUCACCGUCCCGGUCGCGACGCUGGUGGAACCUGGCACGGAGAGCUUUCUGUGUUCGCUGAUGGGCGCGUGGGGCUUGACCACCUUCAGCGGAACAAACGGGUGGGCAGGGAAUUCGUGGGGACGGUUGUGGAUGUGGUGGUGCGCGAGCAUCCUCUGCUGGAUGGCGGUGGAUUGGACCGUGUAUCUGCUGCUGCACUCGGGCAGGACCAUCGAGGCGUCCGGGAGGGACAGACAAGUCGAAACAAUCCCCUCGUUCGCCCGCCCCCUGUCCGCGGCCGUGCGCUCCCGGCGGAGGUUCCCCAUCUGGCUCCUCGCCUGGCUGGGCCGGGAAUCCCUGGCCCUCCCGAUCUGGACGUGGGCGAUCUGGGGCGGCACGAGCGUGACCUGGCGCGACCGGCGGUUCUGGGUCGGCUUUGACAUGAGAGUGCACGAAAUCCGGGACGACAAGACCGAACGCCGCAGCACGGACGAGCACGCGGAGGGAAGGCUGGUGGAGAAGACUAAUGGCCACACGACGACUAUGAACGGGAAAACGAACGCGAACGCGAACAUGAACAUGAACAUGAACAUGAACGCAAAUGGGACUGCGAGGCGGCGCAAGGAGCCAGAAGGAAAGUGAGGAGUGUCGGCGGAGCGUAUGACAUGUUACGGGCACGAGUGAAUAUUACGGGCGCAUGUGCUGCACAAGAUACGUAGCCAAGCGAUGGGAUAGAUACAUACCUACCCAGGUUUGUAGACAAGAAAGGCGGACAGCCAAACAGACAGACAGAUACGAAACAGACGGCACACAUAGCUGGAGAGACAAGACCCCGCGAGCCUCAAGCAGAGAAGCAUCGUCACGGCUGUUCUACAACAAUGCUGCUGUCCCUACCGCAAACUACCUGCGCUGUGCUGUGCUGUGCCAUGUCC